GCAGACAUUUCUUGGAUUGGUACCACAAUGGUUUUUUGCAUGCUCAGUGUAUCCAUAUUCACUGGACCACUUACAGACAAGCUUGUAUUUCGCUUAAUCUCAUUAGCGGGCUCGUUUAUUUGCAGCGUCGCAUUGAUGCUCGCAUCUUUCACAAGUACGGUAUGGCAGUUUGUGCCCACCCAGGGGGUUAUGUAUGGUAUAGGCGCUGGUUUCAUAUACUCGCCAUCAAUUUCUCUCACGUCCCAAUGGCACAAAAAGAACCGAUCGCUGGCAAUUGGUAUUACCGUUGCAGGAACUGGAGUUGGCGGUAUGAUUGUAUCUGAAAUCGCACAGAGACUGAUGGAGGCGGUUGGAUACAACUGGACUCUCCGAGUGCUUGCCCUAAUGGCCUUUUGUAUGAGUGGAACAGCGGCUAGCUUUUACAAAAGGCGGGUGCCAAUUCCCAGAGAAGGAUACCCGGCUGAUAGUUAUUGGCAUAGCUGGACUGUUUGUCCACGCCGGGAUAUAUAUGAUUUGGUCUUAUCUCCCAACAGCAGCAUUGAUGCUUGGUCAGUCAGAAAAGCGUCAAACAAGUUGGCUAUAUACCUGAGCGCAGGCAGCACUGUAGGUAGAAUAGUAUCAUCAUACGCAUCCAUAGCCUUUGGCUCCAUCAACAGCAUUUUUAUCUCGUACACAUUGUGUAGCGUGCUUAUUCUGGUUGCCAUGUUGGCUAUUAAAAGCAUGGCAGCAUAUAUUGCACUUGCAAUCAUAUAUGGGGCCAUUUCUGUAAGCUACGUCUCCGUAGCCCCGCUCAUGAUAGCAGAGAUGUUUGGGGUGCAGAAGGUUCCCACGGCGAUGGGAAUUAUGAACGCGUGGAACUCUAUUGGUGUUCUCAUUGGAAACCCGUCGCAAGGCGCUAUCUAUCAGCAUCUCGAUCGGCCUAAUAGCUCGUUCGCAGGAAUAACCAUUUGGGGAGCAACCAGCCUUUUCCUUGCUGCGUGUAGCUUUGUGGUUUUGAAGGCUAUUGUUAUCUGCGGUGGUCCACAUCGCAUCUGGUCUAAAUUGUAA